AUGUUAUUUGUUGAUCUCAUAUCUGAUAAGUCUGUUCACAUCUAUCUAAGUCUGUUAAUUUCUAUCUAUCUCUUAGUCUCGAUUAAUUCUUUUCUAAUAUCUAUCUAUCUAUCUAUCUAUCUAUCUAUCUAUCUAUCUAUCUAUCUAUCUAUCAAUUCUUUUAUCACACAUGCACUCUCUCUCUCUUUAUCUAUCUAUCUUCUUGAUCAGUUCAUUUAUCAUUAUCUAUCUAUCUAUCUAUCUAUCUAUCUAUCAGUUCAUUUCUCACACAGGCGCUCUCUCUCUUUAUCUAUCUAUCUCUCUAUCUAUCGAUCUCGAGUAUUUCUUCCUUGUUCUUUCUCUCUAUCUAAGUUAAUUUCUAUCUACCUAUCUCUCAUGUCUAUCUAUCCAUUUAUCUGUCUAUUUAUCUAUAUGUUCCUUUCUCAUUCUCUCUCUUUUUUCUCUAUCUUGAUCAGUUCCCACUCAUGUUUCUCUCUCUCUCUCUCUCUCUCUCUCUCUCCUUUCAUCUUUCUAUUACCUCUCUAUUUUUGUUUAUUUCUCUUUACCAUUAUUGUUUUCCCUACAUGCACUUUUAUCUGUUUUUAUCCGUCUUUCGUUGUCUUUUCUCACUUUCGCUUUCUUUCUCUCCUUCUCUCUCUCUAUUCCAUCUUUUUUUUUUUACUGUUGUAUAUCCGACAGCCGUUGCUGCUCCAGCUGCUCUUCCUGUUUCUGCAAAACCUGUUAUUGUUUCUACUGCUUCGCACCCUGCUGCUGCUCUUUAGGAGGCGACUUCUGCCUCUGCCCCUUCGGUUGCUUCUGCUGCUGCUCCUAUGGCUGCUGCUACUCCUUGCGCUGCUUCUGCUGUUUGUUUGGAGAUACAGCCCCUGUUGGUGUGAUAUUCUGCUGGAAAGGGGGGAGAGUAGUCAACUUUCCCCCCUCCUUACGACCUCUGCCCACUCGCUGAAGCCACUGGAGGUCUGGCCGGACCUUUCCGCCACCGCUGCUUCUUUGAGUGCUGCUAAUUUGGGCGUUACUGGUGCUGCUGGAGUUGCUGGUUUCGGUACCGGGUUCUUCCCGGGGCCCCCCUUUGACAAGUGCCCCGCUGCACCACAGGACCAGCAGUUGGGAGGUGACUCUCUGUUUUCACUUGUAGGUCAAUUCACUUUCCUUGUAGGCCAAUUCACUUUUCUUGCAGGUCAAUUCACUUUUCUUGCAGCUCAAGUUACUUUUCUUCUAGGUCAAUUCACUUUUCUUGUAGGUCAGUUCACUUUUCUUUCAGGUCAAUUCACUUUUCUUCUAGGUCAAUUCACUUUUCUUGUAGGUCAAUUCGCUUUUCUUUCAGGUCAGUUCACUUUUCUUUCAGGUCAAUUCACUUUGCUUGCAGGUCAAUUCACUUUGCUUCCAGGCCAGUUCACUUUUCUUUCAGGUCAAUUCACUUUGCUUGCAGGUCAAUUCACUUUCCUUGUGCAGUCAAUUCACUUUCCUUGUAGGUUAAUUCAUUUUUUUCUUCUAGUUCCCUUUUCUUGCACCUCAAGUCACUUUUCUUCAAGGUCAAUUCACUUUCCUUGUAGAUCAAUUCACUUUUCCUGCAGGUCAAUUUACUUUGCUUGUAUGUCAAUUCACUAUUAA